AUGGAUACAAGGCAGAGAUCGACCCUCCCACAGCGCGUCUACGAGGACUUCGUUCCUCCGCAUGAACUGCUUCGGGAGCAAGACGAUGACACGCUCGUCGUUAAUGUCGCAGGCACCUUCUUCUGCUAUAUAUUUCGGUCGAUAAACACAUCAAAUUCAUCCAUUUUUCUUGAGAAUAAGAAGCUGUUUUGUUCUUCUUUCUUUCUCCACAUAGGUUUCAGCAAGGACCAGCUCAAGGUCAAGAUCAACAGACAUGGGAAACUAGAAAUGACCGGAGAGCGCCCGUUGACCGACACCAAGUGGAGCCGCUUCCACAAGGAAUUCCAACUGCCCGACCGCGGCACCCUCGACCGCAUCCGUGCCAAGUUCUACAACGGACUUCUCGAAAUCACGCUGCCAAAGUCGUCCGGCAUGGCCGCCGUGCAAGAUGAGACGGCGGAGGCCGUGAAGCAACAGGAUGUGAAGAAGAACCAAGAAUCUGAUGCACAGAAGGUGGAGGAAGAUAAGAAGGAUCAGCUCAAAGAGCCGAAAGGCACGGAGAAGGUGGCAGGCAAGGAUGGAGAUGAAGAUGGUGAGGAAGGCACCGAAAGGAUCGAUGCAGGGAAGAAAGCAGCAGUCACACCAGCAAGCUAUUGUGGUGGCAAACGCAAGCUAGUGAAGCUGAAGCUUAAAAUAGGCAAGCUGAACUCGGGAACGUACCAAGCAAGGCAGGUCAUACUAGCCUUGGUUUUGACUGUGGUGGUUUCGGUGGGACUGGGAUUGUAUCUGCACUGCAAACCGAGUCCCAAAGAUAGCUGAGCGUUGUGUCUCCUCCUCAUAUCGAAUGAAUGCAUCAUGAGUUGUAAUUUGUAAUAACACUUGCUAAGA